UCUGAUACAAGAAUUGACAAUUCUUGGCUCUGAAUCUGAUUUGUCUCUGCUUUGAUUUGAGCAACGAGCAACACAAAUAGAAAUCAACAAACCUAAUGAAAACAGCCUUUGUUUACGAAUACGAAAUACGAUAUUGCGACAAACAUGAUAAGAAAAGGUUAAAAAAAUGGGAGAUUAAAGAUGUUAAAUGCUAUCUUUUUUGCCUUGUUUGGGUAUUUUUAAUUCAUUUAUUAUUACUACAGAUUUGUGCAAUAUCCUUUUGAAGUUUAUUUUAAAUUAUCAUAUGAAUCUUUGACUAUGAGUUAUGUUAGUGAUUUAAGUCAGUCCCAAGAAUAUUUAAGUUUCCGCAGUAGUGUCCCCCUAAGAAGAAUAGUAGUUGAUUCUGAUAACAGCAAAGGAUGGCGAAUAUAUGACUGCGGCCCUAAAAAAGUGAGAUGUCCUUUAAUUUGUCUUCCUCCUGUUUCUGGUACUGCUGAUAUAUUUUUCAAGCAAGCUCUAACUCUUUCAGCUAAGGGGGUCAGAGUUAUAUCAGCCGAAGCACCAGUUUAUUGGAAUGUAAGGGAGUGGUGCGAAGGUUUCAAGAAACUUCUUGAUUAUUUAGAGUUAGAUAGAGUUCAUAUAUUUGGAUCCUCCCUAGGUGGAUAUCUUGCCCAGAAAUUUGCAGAAUAUACAGUCAAUUGCCCUCGAGUUGCCUCUUUAAUAUUGUGCAAUACCUUCACCGAUACUUCCGUGUUUAACAAUCAUGAUUCUGCUGCAAUAUUCUGGAUUUUACCAGCUUUAGUCUUAAAAAGAAUGUUAAUGGGAAAUUUCGUGUCUAAUAGAGUUGAUCCGGAAAUGGUCGAAGCUGUUGAUUUUAUGGUAGAAAGGUUGGAAAGUCUCCCACAGACCGAGUUAGCUAGUAGGCUAACACUUAACUGCCUUAGGGGGUACGUAGAAGCUCAUAAACUUUCCAAUCUUCCAAUUACCAUAAUAGAUGUUUUUGAUGAAAGUGCGUUGUCUUCUGCUGUGCGCGAAGAGCUUUACAAAUGUUACCCAAGUGCCAAAUUAGCUCAUCUUAAGUCGGGAGGAAAUUUCCCAUACCUAAGUAGAUGCGGAGAGGUCAAUCUUCAUUUGCAGAUACAUCUGAGACAAUUUGACGGCACAAUCCUUUCUGCCUCAGAUCGUCCUUUAAUAAAUCGGAGUUAAAGCAGUGAUAACCAAUUACUUUAGAAAUAAAAUAUUUUAGAAUCUAUUUACAUAUUUUAUAUAUUUAUAUAAGAAAGUGGAUUUUAUAUUUUAAAAGCUAAAAGCCAAUCAUUAGACUAGUGUAGGUACAAAAGAAAAUUGUAGAAUAUGCCAAUAUAAAUUAAAACUAAACAAAAAAUACUAUAGAAUAAAAUGUGAACCAAGUAUUGAUAAAAACUAUUUCGCAAGCUUAUUUACCAUGAAAUUACCGUUUUGUGUUGUCUAUAGUGAUUAUUGUCACCUUUUUAACAAGUCUCUGCUUUUCAGUGCGGUGAUUACUUUGUUGUGUCGUGUAUGUAAAUUUUUUUUUCCUUAUCGGAUUGGAUUGCUUGAAAAAUAUAAUCAUAUUUAUAGAAACUGAAGAAAAUGUGUGGUUUGUAGAGUUUUUAUAGAUCUGAGUUUUGUUGUGUGAAAAAAUCUUGCAAAAAAUGCAAUUACAUUACUCGUACAGUUAUAGGACAAAUAAGUCGAUACACUUUUAUAACUUAGAGCUUAAGUCUGACGCUCUAUAUACAAUAAGCUUGCCAAAUAAUUUCCAAAAUGUUUUUGUUUUUUUCUUAAAAAUGUCUUGCAGUUGGGUAUUUUUCUUGCAUUGCACGUUAUAUGUUUUCGUUUUUAUUUUUAUAAGGAUGGCGCAUACAACAGACGGUCAGUGACUGACUAUUUUGUCAGUGGAUGAUAAAUGACCCCAUAUAACUAUGAAAAUGCAGAAAUUGUCAACCGCUGACUGUCGUAUACUCACUAAUUCACAAAACGUAAAAAGAAAUACAGCAAAACAGUAUUACAAUACAUUUAUUUUUAUUUUUAAAUAUACAGGGUGUUCCUGUACAUAAACUAAACUUUACGUGGUAAUAAAACUCCACAGAAUAAGAAAAAAAUUCUCAUAAACUU